AUGAGAUGCAUAGCAGAAUAUGCAGUAAGUGCAGAUAUGCUUAUUAAUCAACCAUUGUUGAAUGUGCUUGUUGAGAAUCGGUAUAUUAUGUUGCCAGCCGAGUAUUCAUGCAUGUUCUAUAUCCGCCAAGGAUUUCUUUGGUAUACAUCUAAUAAGAUUCUGAAAGUGGAUGAAAGUUCAGUUGCAGUGCAUGAAUCUAAGAUGUUCGUGAUACAAGAGACACUAAAGGUUUAUGAACUACCUUUACAUGGAUUAGUAAAUAAUUUUAAGGUAUAUGUGAAUGGUUCAGAGAUUGUUUGUUCUGAAGAUGGCAGGAGAUACAUGCUUCCACCUGGAAUAUUCUCUGAAGUUAUGGAUGUACUCGUUGAUGAUCAAAAUGCAUGGAUCUGGACAAAUGAAGAGUAUAAUGGAAAGAGAUGUUUAGUACAACACCAUUACAUUAUUGAUAGAAACCUUCUACAAGAAUGUGAAGUGAAGAUAUAUUGCAGCUGCUCGAAUGAUUUUGUGAUGAUUAGAGACGUUUGUGUUCGAAGCAAGUCGAGUAUAUGCAUGCCUAUAAUGGUACGCAGUAAGAUUGUUGCAAAACAGGUACUGAUGAUGGUUUUGACAGCAGAUGUUGUUUACAUGGAGUAUUCAGGGAGGAUAAGUUCGAAAGCAUAUGACGAUACAGUUUAUGAUAUAGAUAUUGAUGCAUAUGAACUACUUACACUUGAUAAUAAUAUGGACUUAUUUGAUCUGUACAUAGCGAUUUUUAUGCAAUACGACAUUGAAGCAUGUGUCGAUCCAAAUGAGUGCUUGAAUGAUGAAAAUAAUGCUAUGAAUAUCCACUUACAGGCGAAGAUUGAGAAGUAUCUUUUUGAGGAGUUUGUACUUGGAAGCAUGGGAGAUAGAAUGGUGGCGGGAAUGGUUAGAAAGUAUGGUAAGCAUGGGAUGGAGAUUAUUCUAUGUAGGUUGUAUAGAAAGGUUGAUGAUAGUGGAAAGCAAAUGCUUGAGCAAUGGGUUCGAGAUGUGCAUGCGCUUGAUGCAUUGAAGCUGAUUGUAAUAUAUUUUCCUAUGGAAAUUGAAAGAUACAUCCAGAUGUGUAUUGAUGAGCAUAGAGAGUACGAGAUUAAUGAUCUAAUUGAGCAUUAUAGGGGAAGUGACAUGAUGGACGUGCUUGCAAGUAUUCUACUCGAAAAAAACUGCCUUUAUCACUUUUGCAUGUGUAGACCUGAGUACAGCACGAUGUUUGGAGACUUUACACUGGUGGAGAAGUACAACAUCCAAGCACAGAGGAAUAGAUGGAUUGAGAAAUGUUUGGGUUUGAAUAAAGCAAAAGUUAGCCCUGAAGUAGCAUACAGAGAAGGAAAGGAUGAAAAGCAAGCAUUAUGA